CAAAGAAAACAUGACCACAACAGAAUCGCAGCAUCUCCUGCGCGUCUUGCAAGACCGAAACAUCGCUCUAAGCGAAGCCGAUGUUGUUUCCGCCUUCCAAAACAAGACUACCCGCGACAAGGCCACCUCCUGGGCCAGGGAAUAUCUGGGCUCAGCCACGCUUCUCACCAAAGAAGAAGUCCGAUUUUAUGAAAGGCAGGGGGGCAGUGCCGUCUCGGACAGUGUACCUUAUGGCCGGCCGCUCGACGACGACGAGCUCGAGGCUGCUAUCGACUCCCUCGAGGCGAGCACUGCAGCCAUAGACCGACAAUGUCAGAUCAUGGAGCAGCAAAAGGUUGCUCUGCAGAAGCUGAAAUCGCAAAACACUCACAGCGACUCGUCAUUUCUCGCGCAGGAGAAACGAUUACAGAAAUAUACUCGGGAGAAAGCACAGCUGGAUUUUGAGAUUGAUGAGCUGUCCGCAACAACCAAGGACCGCCUGCGAACCUGUAUGAAGCAGACCGACGCGACCACGGGAAGUCUGGAUGCCAGUCUGAACCGCCUGCUGGAGAAAGAUGAUCGGCUUAUUGACGGCCUUCAAAAACUGCUCCCAAAGCUCGCGGACACGGCUCUGGACAGGGAUGAGACGCAAGAAGUCGAGCAACUGUGUGCCACCCUGACAGACUUAUCCGUGAGCAGCAUCCGAUCCCGACUGGAUAGCACCUAUCGCCAGACUCUACUGGAGUACACCCGUCGUCAAAAGUCCACAUCGAUGACGCUGACCGACCAACAAACCAAACAACGUGAGACUCUCCGCGCCGAACUCGAGGAACUCGGUGGCGAGAUUGAAGGGCUGGUGACCAUUGUUAUUGACAACCAAUACCGCAAGUCCCUCAAAUCCGGCUUGACAUCUGCUCGAUCCGAAGGUCACGCACAGAAGGCCAAAUGGGCGGAAUUCACAGUUACCGCAUUAGUCUAUCUGAAAGAUCGACUGGACGCAAUCAGUGGCCAUGUCCAGCAUCUGCACGCUCAUCGUGCAGCAUUGCGAUCCAUUUCUCGCACAUUGGAGGAGGCAAUAGCAGUCACAGAGCAAGCCCGCCCUGGUGCAGUCAACAACAACACCCCUUCCACACCCACCAACCGUGACCGACAAAACGCCGCAAAAGGUCUCAAACCCCUCCGAUUAGUCCAAGCGAAUAUAUCCGAGACCCAAGAUCCCGUCAUCUCCUUUCUCCACGAACACAACAUCCGAGUAGGAGGA